UACAUUCCAUUGUUUGCGCACAGCGUCAAUUUCCAUCGUCACCCACAGCCGCUUGGCACAGAGUCCACACACCGCGCCGCUACGGCCCACGCGAAACCGCGGGGCAGCGCGCUGCCCGCCGGCCGCGAUAGGAGCCAAUUGGUGCCGGCAGCCCAAAACGCCUGCGAUGCGGCGGCGGGCGUCACCGCGCCGCCGCACGCGUUCAACGCGCGCCGCCGCACACGCCUCGCGCGGCCGACGCCGCCACGACGCCCCAUCGACGCCCCAUCGACAAAACGCGCGCGCCCGUUCGCUCGACGUUGCCACUCACGCCGCCGCGCCGCGCAGACACACACUCCAUCAAUCAUGUCUGGCAAAGGAAAAGGCGGCCGCGGCAAGGGCAAGGGCAAGUCCAAGGGCGGCUCGACGUCGUCGGCGUCCAAGGCCGGCCUUCAGUUCCCGGUGGCGCGCCUGAACCGCUACCUGCGCAAGGGCAAGUACGCCUCGCGCGUCGGCGUCGGCGCCGGCGUCUACAUGGGCGCCGUCCUCGAGUACCUCUGCGCCGAGAUCCUCGAGCUCGCGGGCAAUGCCGCGCGCGACAACAAGAAGACGCGCAUCGUGCCGCGCCACAUCCAGCUCGCCGUGCGCAACGACGAGGAGCUCAACAAGCUCCUCGGCUCGGUCACGAUCGCGUCCGGCGGCGUGCUCCCGAACAUCCACGCGACGCUGCUGCCCAAGAAGGUGCGCCGGACCGCGUCUCUCGUUCUUCGAAAACUCCGUGGCGCAAUGGAUAGCGUAUCA